UCAUACCUAAGUGCAUUUCAUCAAUAUCAACGGUGCUGCAGACGAAAACGUAUCGCCCUGUCCAACAAGCAGCUUUAUAAUGGUGUUUCUGGUUGUUUUAGUUGCUCUGUGCCUGGUGGAGUGCAACGCCAAUCACGAUGUGAAAGCCUUCACGAAGAGGCUCACGAGCUUCGAUGACAGCACGCUGACAAAGAGUUGCAAGAAAGUUUUCGACAACUGCGCCCUCCGUCUGUUCGGGAUAAUGAAAGUAGUUGACCUGAUCAGCCACAAGCUGGACGAGUUUUCGGAGGACGAGUGGCAGAGCUUCUGGCCAGGGGGUGUGCUGGACGGCGCGGAGGGCGACCUUCAGCUGCCGAUGGAGUCGCUCAAUGAGUCCGUUGGAUGCGGGAUGUGUUGUGCGGGAACGCUUCGUACCGAGGAUCCGCAUAAGGAAAUCCCGUGCGUGAAAACACUACUUGAUGAAGGCUUUCCCGAUUACAGCCGUGAGUGUGAGAUGGGCAACAUAUACGGUGAGGCCCUCGUGUGCUUUGGUGGUCCAGAUGUUUCGGCGUUCAUAGGUGACGAGAACGCUAAGGCCCUCAAGUCUGUUCUGAAAUGCAUGGAGGAAGCUGUGGCCUGAAGAAGAAUGGUUCAAACAUUCGCAAUAAAAUUGUGGGACACAA